AUGAGUGCACCGAAACAACCACGCCAGACCCUAAAAUGGGACGCCGAAUACGAGGCAUGGUUCAAGCCCUUCGCCGCUAACCUCAAAGCGCCCGAAUCAACAUCCGCAACGGAUCUCCGCGAACAUUCCAAAGUCACGAUGACGAUGGCAUUCUCACAACUCCCAGCCCGACCCAGCAUCAAAACAACACUAUACAAAAUCCCUUCAUACGACGGUGUUGAAAUCGACGUCACCCGUUUCGCAACCGCGGAACAGACAGCAGCGACUUUCCCCACCCCGCUCCCAGCCGUGCUAUACCUCCACGGCGGCGGCAUGGUAACUUCCAGCGUCUCGAUAUACGCCCCCGUCCUAACCAACCUAGCCGCGACAUCUGGAGUCCAGUUCUUCGGCGUAGAAUACCGUCUCGCGCCCGAGUACCCCGACCCCACGAUCAUCGAAGACUGCUACGCGGCACUACUCUGGAUCUCCACACACGCAUCAUCUCUCGGCAUCGACUCCUCCCGCCUAGGCGUAAUGGGCGACAGCGCAGGCGGUGGUUUGGCAGCAGGCACCACGCUCCUAGCGCGGGACCGCGGAUUAGACCCUCCUGUUAAGAAUCAGAUCCUCGUGUACCCUAUGCUCGACGAUCGAUCCAUGGCGCAUAUGAUUAAGAACCCGGGUUCUAGCCAAGUGGAAGAGUUUUCGCUGUACCCUGUUCUGAAUUUGUAUGUGUAUUGGGAGAUGUAUCUUGGCAAGGAGAACGCGGGUGCUGAGACCGGGGUUAGUCCGUAUGCGGCGCCAGGAAGGGCGACGGAUUUAAAAGGGUUGCCUAGUACGUAUAUGGAUGUUGGGGGCUUGGAUUUGUUUAGAGAUGAGUGUGCUACGUUUGCGGCGAGGUUGGCGGCGGCGGAUGUUGAGAUUGAAUUUCAUCUUAUUCCUGGAGUGCCGCAUGGAUUUGAUGUGGCUACGGAGAUUGGUGCUACGAAGAGGGCAUAUGAAGGACGGAUUCGGUGGAUAAAAAGUCUGUAA